AUGGACGCCUAUAGACAGUUGCCGGCUGGCUCUCACGCUCGUAGUUACGGGGAUCGCGAGACCCAACAAGCCUACGAUUUUCCCCUGCCUCUUAGAUACGCAAGCGCCGAUGGGACUUGUUUCAUCGAAGUCUUUCCUACAAUUGAAGGCACAUCUGAUCUCUUGAAGCCACUGAACUUGAAACAGGCGGUCCGAUACCUCAUUCACAAGUGCGUAGAGGGUGGAAACCCCGAGGGGGGGAUUGCGGAGAAGCUGGGACAGGCAAACCGUCUCUCGGUAUUCGUCCAGCGGUUCGAACCGAAUGUUGACUGCUUCAACGACGAAGGCAAACCUCCCUUCAACCAACAAUGCCUGCUCGACUUAAGCUAUAUGCCCGUCACGGAUACUGAGCAAGUCUUUGGGAAGAAGAACACACCCAACAUCGAUGUCGCUCUUCCCGUUCGAUUUGCAGAUUCAAGCGCUCAAUGCGUAAUAGACGUGAUAAUAGACGGACCGCCGGUGAGAGCCAUUUGGUAUGACAUUUGGGGCUCUGGUGUGAUGGUUGUGGCUAUGUGUGCAAGAUUUGGAAGGUCUGGCGUUUCGUCCGCUACAGCUGGCGAGUCAGAGCUUGCGAUCAGAGUCAUGUAUAAUGCCGCUGGAACUCUGCUGGAGGCUAUGACAUAG